CUCUUUCCGUUGCUAACCCAUGACCUCACUCCCCCCCUCCCCUAAUCUAAACGAAACAGGACUAUUAAUCGCGCCCGCCCGCACAUGUUGCACCGGGGCCAUCUUCUAAAAUUCAGACGGUUCCACCGCCACUGCCACGGCAAUUCUUUUUCCUCGGCAGCCGCGCCGCCCGCGUGCGCGCCCGGGAUGCUCUCCUCCAGGCCGAGAUCCGGGUCCUUCGAGGCGGGGCUCAGGGCGUCCUCCCUCUCGCUCUCCAAGCCCUCCCCUCGGUUCCACCGCACCCGCUCCACCGCCGGCGCCUCCAAGGCGUCCCCCUCCCCGGAGAAACGUCGCGGCGUCACCGGCGGCGGAGGCGCGAUGCCGACGCCGACGCCGGCGCAGCAGCUGGAGGAGGGGCUCACGAAGGAGCGGGGUGACAAGGGUCGGGCGGUGCGGCUUGAGGAGGAGCUGAGGAGCGAGCGGGAGGACAAGGAUCGGGUGGUGCGGCUUGAGGAGGAGCUGAGGAGCGAGCGGGAGGACAAGGCGCGGGCGGUGCGGGAGCUCGACGAGCAUAGGAGGAGCGAUGGCGGCGGCGCGGAGAAGGCGCAGCUUUUGGAGCGGGAGGUGGAGAGGGCCAAGGAGUCGGAGCGCAAGAUGCUGGAGUCGCUCAUAUACCAGACCAAGCAGCUGGAGCAGACCAAGAUCAGCCUCGAGGAGGCCAAGCUGGAGAUGGCCACGCUGCAGCAGAGCAACCGGAGCCUCGAGGCCCGGCGCGGCGUCAUGGACCAGCGGAGCGUCAAGGACCUCGUGUUCGGCGGCGCCGACGAGGAGAUCAGGGCGCUGCGCGGCGAGCUCCGGACGGCCAUGCAGGGGGAGGAGAAGAGCCGCAAGGCGCUGGACGACCUGUCCCUCGCGCUCUCCGACGUCACCAUGGAGGCCAAGCAGGUCAAGCGCUGGCUCUCCGACACGCAGGCGGAGCUUGAGGCCGCCAAUGCCGAGGCCGCGCGGCUGCGCGGGGAGCUGGCCGCCGCCGAGACCCGGCUGCGGGAGCAGCACCGGUGCAGGCUCGAGGCCGAGGAGUCGGCGGCCGCGUGGGGCGACAAGGAGCGCGUGUUCCUCGAGUGCGUGCGCGCGGCCGAGGAGGAGGUGAACCUGGCGCGCCAGGAGAACACCAAGCUUGUGGAGUCGCAGCGCGUGAUCCGCGACGAGAACGCCCGCCUCCGCGACAUCCUCAAGCAGGCCGUCGGCGAGGCCAACGCCGUCAAGGAGUCGCUGGAGCUCGCCCGGGUCGAGAACGCGCGGCUCAACGGCGUGGUCGCCGACAAGGAGAGCGCGCUGCAGAGCCUCCGGCAGGAGUACGAGUGCAUCAAGGUCAGCGAGGCCGCCGCGCAGGGCAGCCUCAACGAGCUCAACAGCCUGCUCGCCGCCACGACGACGACGACGUGCAGCACGCCCGCGCCCGUGGCGCCGGAGUGCGGCUUCGACCAGCAGCACCUGCCGAACGGGCUCCUCGUCGCCAGCGCCAAGGGGACGCCGGAGACGGCGUCGCGGCGAUGGAUGGCGGAGAAGCCCAGGACGCCGAGCGGCCGGAGCUACUCGAUCGGCGAGCCGGGCAAGUUCAAGGGCGUGGGCUACUCGCAGUCGGCGAGGAUGGGGAACCUCAACCCCAAGGACCGGAUGUUCGCGUCGCUCAGCAACAUGGCCGACCUCAAGUCCGCCGCGGCGGACGCGGCCAUGGACGACUACGACGACGAGUUCGACCACAUCGACGAGAGCCACUACGUGGACAUGGACCACCCCAUGAACGGCAAGAAGAAGAGGCCGAUCCUUCGCAAGUUCGGGGAUCUCUUCCGGAGGAAAAGCUUCUACAAGGCGAAUUUGGCGCCGGUGCACACUUGAAUUUGAUCACCCCAUGUUGAAAAGAUGGCAUUUGAAGGGGACACGGUGAUGCCAUUAGUACAAGAUGCAGCCCCUGGCAAGUCUUGACGUGUGUAGUUUUUUUUUCCUUUUACACGUGAGUUUCUAGAAGCACCAAGGAAAGUCAAAUCUCGCCAUUUGUCAGUGGUUUAGUGCAGGCAAGUCAAAUCUCGCCAUUUGUCAGUGGAUUAGGGCAGGUGCUGUUAACGGUAAUAGUGGUCGUUGAUCAGAAGAGGAAUGGCCACCGGAAUAUGAAUACAUGAUCGGAGCCUUCCUUCCACGUGACAGGCAUAGCUCUGGGCAGCAUUUUGCGAAUUUUGGCACCAUUGUUUUGCCUCGGUUUGCAUGUAAUGUCAACAGAAUGGACGCAUACCAGAAAAGGUCUCGGCUCAUACGUAGUA